AUGAGUUCCUAUUUCAUAAAUUCUUUCUUUAGUAAAUUCAAAGGAAGUGACUCUUUGCGCCCUGGCUAUUAUGAAUGUGCUGGGUAUGCGCAGGACUUUGGGACCAGACCAGCUGUGUUGUAUGGUCAUAACAGUGGAUCUUCCUUCCAACACGCUACUCAGCUAUCCGAGUUUUAUCAUAAUGGCUCUUCAGCGCUCUCCCACGCAUCCUACCAACAAAACCCGUGCGCUGUGACAUAUCACGGAGAGGCUGCGGGCAACCUCUAUGGACAGGAAGCGUUACAGAGGCAAACCAUUUUCGGAAGCCAAGAUCAGGAUUUAGCACAGUUCGGUGACUACGGUUUAAAGGCAAACUGUAUCAUCAGCGAGGACCCAGAGAGCACGGAACAAUGUCAGCCACAACUCUUCCCUUGGAUGCGACCUCAAGUUGCCGGGCGAAGGCGGGGCAGGCAGACAUACAGCCGCUAUCAGACGUUAGAGCUGGAGAAGGAGUUCUUGUUCAACCCUUACCUGACCCGCAAGCGGCGAAUCGAGAUAUCGCACGCUCUCCAUCUGACUGAGAGACAGGUGAAGAUUUGGUUCCAGAACAGGCGUAUGAAAUGGAAGAAAGAGAAUAAUAAAGACAAGUUUCCUAGCAGCAAAGCGGAACAAGAGGAGAUCGAAAAACAAAGAAGAGAAAGCGUCCAGGGAACAGAGACGCACCUGUCAAAAGAAGAGGAUUCUGAGAAAAAAUAA